UAUAGAUGCGCAUCUAAGAAGCCGGGCGGCGGGGGCCAGUGGACGGGUGCAAUGUGACAGGGUCGGGAAUGAAGACUGGGACACAGCCUUAACCGCGCGCGAGGGAGGGAGGGAAGGUUUAACCAUUAACCAGCAUUAACCAUUAAGGCAGCUGUGCAGAGCCGGUACCGUACAUAAGGCAUGCGCACCGGCGUCCACGCCUCAGCCUGAGCUCGUUACCAAGAGGUGGAGGAUACGUCCACACAGCCACGCGAAGAGCUGCUGCUGUUUCUCAUCAUCACACUGAAAGGUGAAUGUCCACUCGGGGUGGAGAGGUACUCCUCCGCAGGCGGUAAUUCAAUCUUCAUACUGCAGACCUUUAAAUAUCUCCCUUGAAAACCUCCCAGCAGCCACGUGGUGUAAGGUGAGACAUUGCCAGCCUGGCACGCUCACCAGUCUGAUGAUCAGUGAACUGAGAGCAUGACCGGUCUGCGCUGCAAUCUGCCCACUUCAGACCUCUGAUUUCAUCUUUUCUUUAGCUUAUACUGAACUUUAAAGGACUGUUUACAAGUGACUGGAGGGGAUUUCUGUGGCGAGCCCCCACGCCUAUUGUUUUCCUUUCUCUUGUGUUUUGAACCAGUAUGCUCUCUUCUUUUUUUUGCCGGUCUACCCUGAGCACCUUGCAGUGAAUGGAGAACAUACUGGUUCUGCUCCCGAAGCACCGACAGGAACACGGGCUCUGCAGACGCACGGCUGCAUGUGCCUUGCUGCAGGUUUUCUCCUGGUCUUUAGUAGCGACCCCCACUCACUGUAAGCCUCUUUAAUGGGAUAAAUCAAUUGGACUGAUCAGGUUUAAAACCAGAUCAAGUGGCCAAUUCCAUUUGGACUUCCCCAAAACUGAUAGGCCAAGGCAAGCUGACCUUUUCUUGUCAAGCCCACUGUCUUCCAAAGGCUUCCGCAUGGUACUUUGGUCGAAAGAACAAGACAAACUCCCGGACAUCGACAUGUCCUCCGGGGACAUUGAGGUGAAGAAGGAGGGAGGCCCCCUGACCCUGGCCUUAGUCAACUCCAACUGCUCAGUGCCCUCAGUGAUCCUCUCAAAGGGCCCCGAGGAGGUGAGCCCAGUGAGCGGGGGCGAGCUCGAGCUCACAGAGGUCACAGAGGUCACAGAGGUCACAUCUUCCACAGAGAGGGCCGGUGAGACCGGGGAGGAUGGAGAGAGGUCGGAGAUUGUGGUGGCGAUGGACUGCCGGGCCAACGCCAAAGGUCAGCGAGAGGAGGAUGCUCUCCUGGAGAACGCAAGCCAGAGCAACGAGAGCGACGACACCAGCACCGACCAGAGCCCAGAACCACCAGCACCCCUCAAGGAGACCUCCUUCACCAUCGGCCUGCAGGUGGUCUUCCCCUUCCUGCUGGCUGGGUUCGGCACAGUGGCCGCUGGAAUGGUGCUAGACAUCGUCCAGGCUAAUAUUGGUCAGAUGGACAGUGCCAAGAACAUGUGGAAGAUGAUCAUGGGGAACUUGGCCCUCAUCCAGGUCCAGGCCACAGUGGUGGGCUUCCUGGCCUCCAUAGCUGCUGUGAUCUUCGGAUGGAUCCCAGAGGGACACUUCAGGCUGGGCCACGCAGUGCUGCUGUGUGCCUCCAGCGUGGCCACUGCCUUCAUCGCCUCCCUGCUGCUAGGGCUCAUCAUGAUCGGUGUGAUCAUCGCGUCCAGGAAAGUCGGCAUCAACCCCGACAAUGUGGCCACGCCCAUUGCUGCUAGCCUGGGAGACUUGAUCACGCUGUCCCUGCUGGCAGGCAUCUCAACUGGACUGUACAAGGAACUCGACAACAAUGACUAUGCCAACCCGCUGGUGUGUGCCGUGUUUGUGGCGUUGUGCCCCCUCUGGGUGUUGAUAGCCAGGAGGAUCCCAUCCACCAGAGAGCUCCUGUACUCCGGCUGGGAGCCAGUCAUCAUCGCCAUGGCCAUCAGCAGUGUUGGUGGUUUGAUCCUGGACAAGACUGUCACCAACCCAAACUUUGCUGGCAUGGCUGUCUUCACCCCGGUCAUCAAUGGUGUGGGAGGUAAUCUGGUGGCGGUUCAGGCCAGUCGAAUCUCCACCUAUCUGCACAUGAACUGUCUACCCAUGGGGGAGCCCAACCCCACCCCCAGGAAGUGCCCCACACCCUGCACCUCCUUCUUCGGCUCCUCUGUGAACUCUCGUUCAGCCCGUGUGCUCUUCCUGCUGGUUGCUCCGGGUCACCUCGUCUUCCUCUACACCAUCAACUCCCUGAGGGGGGGGCACACCACCCUGACAGCCGUCUUCAUUACCUUCUACAUGGCCGCUUCACUAUUACAGGUGAUAAUCCUUCUCUACCUGGCGGACUGGAUGGUGCACUGGAUGUGGGGCCGAGGCAUGGACCCCGACAACUUCUCCAUCCCCUACCUGACUGCUCUGGGGGACCUGCUGGGGACCGGCUUCCUUGCCCUCUGCUUCCACAUGCGCUGGUUUAUGGGGGACAGAGACUCGAAUGCGGGCAACUGAAAGCAUGCACAGAUACAAAAUUAAAAAUUAAAAAAUCACAUUCUCGCUUGCACGAACGGACAGUGACAAACAUCACCCGUAUACGUGAACAUUGAAAAUGGACAUUGUCUACUAUAAAAGGGCUAAUCUUCUGUAGGGCUCUGAUUGAUGGUGUAGCACCACAGCAGACAGUAUCUGUACUUGACUUUAGAAACAAUGGAAAUACACAUCCCUCCACCUCAACCAGUGAACACAACUCCACAAACCACACUCCUAUAUUUUACUUAAUAACUGAGUCGUACUACUUUUGUUAUUAUUUUACUAUUGACAAUGAUUGUUAUUGUUGGUAAAUAAUGCAUUUGAUAUGAAUCGAAAUUUGUUCUAUGUGCAGGGCCGGUCCUCAUUAUUUUCAAUGGGGACAUUAGCCCUCCCGUUUUUAAAGGUCAAGUUUUAACACUUGAAACCAAGACAGCAAAAAACUAUAUGCAAACAAGGCUAGAAUGCUUAAUCACCAAGUGCUUUGUCAUACAUACAGAAUGAAUAUUAUUUCUUUCACACUUCUGAUUUAGUGGAGUACAUAGGGCUAGCUGCUCUCUCUCUUUUACCCUGACCUGGUGACAGUAGGAAGCAGGAUUGGGGGGUUUUACAACAGAGAACUAGACCGCAAACGGAACAAGAUAAAUCACUUUUGGAAUCCCUCCCAUCAGCAGAUGGUUUAGUUUGAGUCCCACGCUUACUUCGCCUCAAUUCUGAGCUUGAGAAUGAAGGAAAUUAAAUAUCUGACGUUAGAUCAUAAUCCAACAAACACUACCAGAAAAAGGGAUUUGCCUGUUAGCGGUUGAGAUUCGUUUUAUAAAAGUUUCUGUUAAAAUGACUGUGUGCUCAUUCACACAAUAGAAUGUAUUUUAUUCAUCAAACUUCCUCUGAGUAAGAUUAUUCUUUGUUUGAGCAAACGCACAUAAACAGUGGAAAAUAGUAUGUGGAAAAUGCCAAGAGGUCAAUUUGUUCCAGGUGAGGAUAGCAGCAGUCCCCCUGUCUCAAACCAUCUGCCAACUCUCUACUGGAGCCGGCUAGUUGUUGUUGUGCUGCCCAAGCCAGGGUUAUAGUAGGUGACAAGAGGGUCAACAUGCUGCAACACACUGGAAACAACCUGCAGAGCGCUGUGUUCACACAUGCUGCACAGUGUGAACGUGUGUUGAGUUGCAUUAGCCAAGAUGUGCUCACUCAGGUUAAGCCGUCUCGUACCAGAUGAAAGGUUCUGAUUGCUGAUAUUUUGUGUGGAUAUUUGAUAUCUUUAGUUUGACAAUUCUUAUUUCAAUUUCUAAAUCAAAAUUAGAGCGCUGAAUCUUUCCAAUGAAAGACAGAGCAAUGACAUUGUUGGAGGUUGUUUAACAGUUGGAUCACAAUGGCUCCAGGAAGUUGUGGCAAACCUUUUUUAGUACUUUAUUGUUGGUAUUGGUUUUUAUUAUGUCGCUUUUUGACUCUGAUUCAGUAAAAGAUCAGCGUAGUUCUUAAAGCUGAGCCCAGUCAAACCAGCACUGAUGAAGUCCCGGUCACACCGGCAUGUAAAACAGAAACAUUUAUAUAAAUUAACUUUAAUGGAAUCACCACGAUCAUUCAAUUAUCUUGCGGGUGAAGUAAUUAUGUUGAGUUCAACUCAAGGGAAGUUGACCAAUUGCAAAACAUCUGGACGAUCCUGACUGUUGAGAGGAGAGCUAUCAUAGCAUAUUAGCUGUGCUGUACCUAUCUCUCCUCUGUCCAAGUAUAGACCAAAAGUUCUCUAAGAUAACGGGUUUGCUGUCAGUUAGCAAGUAUUGUUAGCUUAGAAAACUUUUAUCCCCCUUAUAGUAACUCAAUGUCGAAUGAAAUGAUGUACAAUCUUAAGAAGCCAGGGGAAGUAAAGUCACAGUACAGAGGAGAGAAGGAAACUAAGGGCUGUUUUGACGAGUGCUAGCUUGUUUCCGGCUCGCUAUUUUUCGUUUUGUAAGUAGGCUACACACAAUUUUUUCUGUGCUAGUUUCUGGUGUGAGCAGGCACCAAGGUAGAUUUCGUUCAGGUAUUGGUUUUUUUUAGAUUCUGUAAGUUAGUCAUAGAAAUAGAAUGAGAGCAGAACGGACAAUCGCCUUUUUUUUUAACUAGUCAAAUGACCACGGCGACAGUUCAAUGUCUGUUUUGCUCUCAUUCUAUUUAUACAGUUAGAAUAAAAUUCUGAAAAAAAAACGUUUUUCCUCUCUUGUCACAUAUCUAAUUGAUAAAAUAACUAAUAAUAAUCUUGUUGGUCAGGAGCCUAACCUUUUGUAAGUGAAUGACUUACUGGAUAAUGUUUAAUCAAAGGACCCCCCCAAAAAAAACAACAACAACACACGCAGACUUUGAGACUCGGCUGCCCUGAGCUGACUCUUUCUCAGAGGGCUUACAGGUGGCAAGGAGAAGGAAAAAGGAAGUUGUGAGCCAUUUUGACAGAGGCAAAGUCUUAAGAGAAACCUGCAUGUGAUGCUUGACCUAUCCGCCGAGUGUCAGACUUCUGUGCUGUUUCCAAGGGCCAGCAGAAUGCAUGUGCAGGGCACAUAAUGUGAAUGUGCAAAACGUGAUUAUUUUAUUUGUUAUCUUUUGUUUUGGUAUGACUGAUUUUUUAACGUGUCAAUUAUGAUAUAAUUGUGAUUUUUUUUUCGAUUCCUUUCCUUCUUUCCUUAAUCUUUUUAACUCUUUGUGAUUAUUGUAUUGUGUCAUAAUUUCUUUUGAGCAAAAACAACCACUGUAAAGAUGAAGCGACGUCUCCACGCUGGUCAAAGGCACAAAGUACUGUAAUCUGCUGAGCGGACACCAGAGGGCAGCGCAGGGAUUCUCUUAACUGUACAACUUUUCAGUGCAUCUCUGUGUCCUCUGGAUUCACACCCACACAUGUCCAGCCAGAGUGACAUUUGUUUUGUCUCCUUUUCUACAGCGUUUGAUUUGUUGUAAAAGUUGCAUCCUUCCAUCUGUUCACUCUCAGUCUGUGUCCUCCACUCUCUCACUGACCAGGCACCAGCGUUCUGCCUCUGCGUCUAUGGAUAGUUGUGAAUACUUCUAUAAGGGGGCAAGUAAUGCUUUGUCUAUUUAUUUUUAGAUGCACACAAAGCAAAUUGUACAUAUUAUAUUUAUUCUAUAUAUAUGGUUGUUUAUUUUGUCAUUUCAUUUUGGCUCCGUUUCUUUGUCACCAUGUUGUUGUCACUUUUCUCUUCUCUUUUAUGUUUUUUUUUCUUUUCAAAAGGCCAGUAGAGCUUCUUGAUGCUCGCCGCAGUAGAACGGCAGUGAGGUGGAUGAAUAGCACAGUGCCUAAUACCAGUCUUUACACGCCUCACACAUAUGCACACACACCCUGUCACACACAGGGAAUGCAUACUUAUAUAGAAUGGCCUUAACCUAUCAGAGCCAAGCUCAACUCAGAGUAACCAAUCAGGAGCUGGGUUUGCCACAGAGUAGCAUCUCUUUAAUUAGCUUUGAUUAAUAAAAGAUGUACAGUAAGAUGAUUAUGAUGUACUGUAAUGACUUUAUAUGAUGAAGCAGUGGAGAGGAGGGCUGGUAGCAGCAGUCACAAGCUUGUGUUCACGUGAAUCUGCAAAAGAAAUGAGGACUUUGAGGCUGAAAACCCUCAAGAGGCUGGUGUACAGGGCAUCUGAAAGGUCUGGAGUCAGGUUAAGCACUAACAGAAGGAAGGUUUUAACCCACAAUUAGGCAGAAAACCUGAAAUACAACAUGAUGAAAUACACAAUGUCACUUCUCCUUAUGAUUCCAGAUGUUUCCUCCUGUAUAUGAAAUACCCAGCCUUUAAAACCCUUCACUCACCUACUGCCUUGAUAACCUCAGGGCUUCAAACCCUCACAGGGAGCCAACAUCCACGUCAAGAUGGAGCCAUUUUAAUUCAGACUUUAGACUUCAGCUCUGAGAAACUGAUCAACAACAUGUACAGUCUCAUGGGAUCAAGGUCUUUGCAUUUUCUGUGUGUUCUUCUUGUAAAAGCCCUCCCUCUGUGAGGCUGGAGGAAGGCUCUCUCCCUGCAGGACUUUGUAAAUUGCUGGAAAUAAAGGACUAUAUUAUUUCAUACCAUU